AUGAAAUUUUCUCUUUCAGGUGGAAAUAAGGAUAACAUCAGAGCAGGAUGCAAGAAAUGUGGCUAUCCUGGUCAUCUGACAUUUGAAUGUCGAAACUUCCUCCGAGUAGAUCCUCAAAGAGAUAUUGUUUUAGAUGUCAGCAGCACUAGCAGCGAAGACAGUGAGGAAGAAGAACUACAGAGAUUGCAAGCCAUGCGUGAAAAAAAGAAUUUAAAUGAGGAGGAAGAAAAAAAGAAACAAAAAAGAAAAAGCAAAGAAAAAACAAAAUUGAAGAGACCAAGGAAAAGAUAUUCUGAAGAGGAUGAGCCAAAGUCAAAAAAACAAAAAUCGCACAAAAAAGAAAGGGAAAAGGAAAAAAAGAAUAAAUCUAAGAAAGGAAAACAUCAUAAAAAGGAGAAAAAGAAGAGACGAAAGGAAAAAAGUUCAUCCUCUGAUAGUUCAGACAGUUCUAGUAGUGACUGA